ACCACCACCACCAACCAACAGCAGCCACCACUGCUGCUGCCGCGACGUUCUCGCUUCGGUUCAGCCGCAGCUCGCUCAACUCCCCACCCAGCUGGGAUUCGAACUCUAGUGGACCAAGGCGAAAAGAGGAGAAUAUUCGAAUACAAUAACCCGGAAUACAAUAACGCGGUGCUGCAGUGGUGGGAGACACCAUGCCCGUGCUCGAGAAGCCAUCGAAGGAGGCCAGAAGGAGAGACAGCCAGGCCAUCCCACUGCUGCCCGUGCCACCUCUGGCCGACACCCUGCGGCGCUACCUGGACUGCAUGCGGCACCUUGUGGCCCCCGAGCAGUUCCGGCGCACGCAGGUGCUGGUGGAGCGCUUUGCGGCGCCGGGGGGACACGGGGAGCGUCUGCAAAGGGCCCUCGUGGAGCGACGCACGCAGCACACGAACUGGGUGUAUGAGUGGUGGCUCAACGACAUGUAUCUUGACAAUCGAGUACCAUUGCCCGUCAACUCUAACCCGGGAAUGGUUCUGCCAAGGCAGCUCUUCCGAGACCAGGCUGACCAACUACGAUUUGCUGCUCGGCUCAUCUCAGGAAUCCUGGACUACAAGGUGGUGAUUGAUGCGCGUGCGCUGCCGCAGGACUUUGCGCGGGGCCAGCUCUCAGGCCACCCGCUGUGCAUGGAGCAGUACUACCGCCUCUUCUCGUCGUACCGCUUGGCCGGGCACCCGCGCGACACCCUGGUCGCGCCACGCAGCACCGUCAUGCCGGAGCCAGAGCACAUCAUCGUGGCCUGCAACAACCACUUCUUCGUGCUGGACGUCGUCAUCAACUUCCGACGCCUGAGCGAGACGGACCUCUUCACGCAGCUGGGGAAGAUCUUGAAGCUGGCCGAGGCGGACAAGGUGCCAACUCCUCCCAUCGGCCUCCUCACCACCGACGGGCGCAGCACGUGGGCUGCCGCGCGCACAUGCCUGGUCAGAGAUUCGACCAAUCGAGACUCGCUGGACGCGAUCGAGCGCUGCAUCUUCCUCCUGUGCCUGGACGGCGCCAUCAAUCGCCCGCUCACGGACGUGGCCCUGGCGGAGAACAUGCUGCACGGAGGGGGUGCGCGCGCCAACAGCGGCAACCGCUGGUUCGACAAACCCAUGCAGUUCAUCGUGGGCCGGGAUGGAGCGUGCGGAUUGGUGUACGAACACUCACCGGCGGAGGGCAUUGCCGUGGUGCAAUGUGUGGAGCAUCUACUCUCCUACAUCAAGGACACGUCCCAGAGGAAGCUGCUGCGCGCCGACUCGGUGUGCGAGCUGCCGGCCCCGCGGCGCCUGCGCUGGAAGCUCAGCCCCGAGAUUCACGAGCACUUGGCGUUCGCGGCGCGGAACCUCGACUCGGUGGUGGAAAAUCUCGACCUCCUCAUCGACCGCUUUUCGGGCUACGGGAAGGAGUUCAUCAAGCAGCAGCGCAUGAGCCCCGACGCCUACGUACAGGUGGCCCUGCAACUGGCCCACUACAAGUGCCACGGGCGGCUGGUGUCUACGUACGAGAGCGCCUCCUUGCGCCGCUUCCAGGAGGGUCGCGUCGACAACAUUCGCUCUGCCACGAGGGAGGCCUGGGAUUUCGUGCGAGCCAUGGGCAGGUCGUCGGCGAGCCUCGGCGAGGCCGGGGAGGCAGCAGCCGGCGUGUCCGAUGCUGAGAGAAUGGAGCUCCUGUGGAAGGCGAUAAAGGCACAGACGGAUUACACCAUACUUGCUAUAACAGGAAUGGCCAUUGACUGUCACAUGUUGGGGCUACGGGAGAUUGCGCGCGAGCUGGACCACGAUCUGCCCGAGGUGUUUAAGGACAUCACCUACAUCCAAAGCAACCUCUUCGCUAUGUCCACCAGCCAGAUCCCCACCACGAUGGACGCAUUCAUGUGCUAUGGCCCCGUGGUGCCGGAUGGCUACGGGGUCUCCUACAACCCCAAGGACAACCACUUCAUCUUCUGCAUCUCCAGCUUCCACUCUGACCCCACCACGGGCUCGGAGCACUUCUCCCGCGCGCUGCACGACAGCCUCGAUGAGAUGCAGGCGCUGUGCGAGAGGCAGAACAAGCGCGCACAGCGGCCUGCCACGACGCCUUCCAAGGCCCCCGCUACUGCCCCCGCCACGGCCGCCACCACCACCACCACCACAAAUCGUGGCACAGUUCCGGCCGUGGCUUCCGCCGUGGCCAGCAAUGGAUCUUCGGCAAUUGCCGGCGCAAAGACCAAACAGUGAGAAAGUUUGAGAGCAUCGACUUGGGGCGAGGAUUGAGCAGGGAUAGAAGUCAUGUAGAGGUUGUUAUCAACAGGACUAGGCAGGUAUACGGAUAAUGAGACAUUUGCAUUAUGGGACAUGCUGAUUAUGUAUUCAUCACCCAUAGGGCUACACAGUACAGAUAUAUGCGUGUUUACACAGGGCAUUCACUUACAAACUAGUCCACCAUAGCAUGAGGUUGGUGCCAGACUGGACAGACUAUAUAUGAAUGUACAGAGACUACUAUGUACUGGUCUUUGAUAGGACUAGAAUGACCAGUAUGUCGGUCUAGACCAGGGGUAAAAAAAACUAAAAAUUUCAAGACUCUCAAUGCACGUGGUAAAUACGAGAUGGUGGCCCUUAAUAACGUCACGAAGCAGCGGUCCUUGAAGAGUCGCGUGCGUCUCCGGAGCCGCAGGUUGACGACACCUGGGUCUCGACAGAUCUAUGACGAACUCGAUCGUGCGUUUACAGAUUGAUUCUGAAUGUUACUUGGCAGGUAUCGGUAUAGGCAUUCAUAUGGGCGGUUCCACAACAAUGUGACGAUAAGUACAGCGCAGAUGUAUUCAACACGGAGGUGAAAUGGCCUCUAACACCCUGCGCAAGGACAUUUAGAAACUAUACAAGCCCAAAUUAUGAUUGUUAAAUUAUGUGAUCAUCUGUCCCGUGAUGUAAUUCCAUUAUCGUGAUAAUGAGAAUAGGUUUUCCCCUUUUUUCUGUCAACAAAAUAAACUGAAACCUUUUUACAAGGAAUCAUGUCUGCAUUAACCACAAUACUUGUGGCCAGAAUGCAAACAAAAAACAUACUCUGAUAAGAAAUGCAUUGUCUUUGAAACUGAUUGCUCCACACCAGAGACACCUUUCUUUUGAGCCUAGUCAGCGAAACUCAAACAUGAUUAAUCGAAGCAGAGAUUUGACAUCAGAACUCUAAUAAAAUGCAAUUGACAUAGCUGCCAAGGGCCAUUGGAAAAUUCGGAUUCCCCACUCGGUUCAUAGACACUUGCAAGCAGCUAUACUCCAAACCCUCCUGCGACAGUCAAACCCAACAGCUUCCAACUGAGUCGAGGCACGAGGCAAGGCAUCCCCCCCCCCCACCUCUUUUCUCUUUGCACUGGAAUUCAGAUCCAGUCUAGGCAUUUUCGGAAUACGCAAGGCGAUGAAAGAAAAAAAAUCAAUCUCGACGCAGACGACAUCCUGCCAACCGUAUCCGAACCCACGACCUCUGGCUGUGAUUUGAAUUCAAUGACAUCGGAACUAAUGCCACUUUCCCCAGUCUCUCCCAAGCCUCCAGACGCACUCUCGCCAUUCAGAUGGUGGCCAACCCAGAUCAGAUAUCUAGGUGUAAAUAAUCCCUCCCCCCCCUCCCCACUCUCUUCCAGAGGAAUUCCCCACCGCACCUACAGGAUAUCUCGACUUCGCUUCCUACAUGGAAUUAUAUCCCUAUCUCCCGAACCAUACCCACCUUCCUGUCCACUCAACCUAGUCCCCCCCACCCCCACCCAGAAACCCCUAGAAGGCUCUGAAACAGAAGGAAGUAGUUGACUACUGUACCCCCCGAAUAGAAGGCCUCAAAAUGAGAGGAAAGCUCUUCGGUCUGUAGUUCCCUAACACCCCCCUCCACUCAUCUGGCAGCCGCUCCUGGACCCCCCCACCCUCACCUGUUUCUUUUUUACUUCCUUCCCUCUACUCCCGUCCCAUACUUGAGUAUAAAUGCCCCCCCCCCCUCCCCACUCCCAAACGAGUACACUCCUUACAGAAAGAGUCGCUGCCCCAAAGGACACAGCCUGUAGAAUACCCCCCCCCCCCCCCACUUCGAGUGUAGUCUCUCGCAACCGCCGGAUACACAUUGAGUCCAUUUUUUUAAAAUCUUAAAUUCACAACCUUCCAAUAAUGAGUCAAGCUUCUCUCACUACAGCACCACCUGGCAUGAUGAAUGCCACGGAGUUGUAAAUUGUUCAUGAACGAUUUGUUUAUCAAAUGUCAAAUUUACAAUGUGGACUGUCACUGGCACCUAAAAAUCAAACAAAAUCUUGUUUUUUUUAUUGAAAAUAUUCACGAAUGAAGAGUGAGGCAUCUGUCUUUAAAUAAUUUAAUUCUCAUCAGUGUUACAUAAUUAAUACAUCGGGAAAUCCAAUCUUGAUAUUUUGUCCCAUUAAACCAGCAUUUUAUUAGGCUUUGGGGCUUUCGUUUCUUUUAUAUCUCAAAGUGCAUUUUACAGCCCUGUACUUUUAAUAUCAGGGCAGUCAUCUCCUGCAUCAGUGAAUAUACAGUUUUGCUCCAGUUGGUAAGGUCUAAUCUGUCCAAGUGCUGCUGCGUCAGAAGGUUGCCAGUUCAAAUCCUGGCCAAAAACAUGAACACCACUUUGUAGAAAGUCGGCAGUGGUUGUGCUUUGGUGAGAUUGAUACUUCGCAUUGUAAUGUGGAAUUAACACCACGAGCUUGGGGGCACCGAUAGAGAUGGAUACCAUCACAUGCUGAUUUGAGAUUUUAAAUUGACUUCAGCUCUCGCUUGCAUAAGAACAUUAAAGGGUCUUAAUGGCUUUGCGCAUUCGAGCUAUAUGAUGCAGACUCUAGCAAAUAAUCCUGUACUGUGAAUUAUUUAUCAUUGAUUGCAGGAUGGGUAGAGCAUGGUGGGUUUACCAGUGAUGGCCUAACAACCCUGCCGCUCAGCCAGGUGUAUUUGGAAAGGUGUUUGCCACGCGAUUCUCCACCAUGUGCAGAGUUGGCUGUGCUUUCAUGCAAGUGCUUGCAUGAAGUGCUUUGUGUUGUGCAUUUCCAAAUACACAGAAAGCAUUGAGUCAGCCCAAGGCUACACUCAACUUCUAUUGAGAGACAUUAUUGUGCGCAGUAACAAAGAGCAAGAUUGUGUGUGUCUGCUUUUAGCAUUAAAGAGCCAAGAGAAUGGUGACCUCUUGGUUGGGCAUUGCUUGGGGUUUAAUGCAUAGUGGCAUGAAGUGACAUGGAUGAACUGAAAAAGGCGAAAGUGAACAAAACAAUGGCAGUAGCUUUCCUGAAAGUCCGUUGAUUGACUGCGUUUCCAGAACUUUCACAUGGAACAUGCAGCACUGCGUGGAAUUCCAAUGUGAAUCUGUCACGUUUGUUUCUGCACUUACGUACUUAUACUUUCCAUGCGUGUGUUCUUAUAUGUGCGUGUUGAAAAUAUUAUGCCACCAAUGCACGAAUAGUGUUGGCAGUAUUAACGAACUGCAAUAUUUCAUCUGGUUUAGACUGUGAAUAAGAAAUAAAUAUAGCGAUGGUAAAGAAAUGACGUAAAUGAAAACCUCUAUCUUAUAUAUAUAAAUGACUAUAUUGUCAAAUGUUAUAGAAGUAUAUGUACACAUAAAAAAUAAAACAUAUAUUAUACAAACACGUUAACCUACUAGAUGUGCAAUAUAUCACAGAUGCAUGUGUAUAUACAUAGAAAUAUACAUGCUCAACUCUUUAUGGGAAUAUUCCCACUCCAAAACUUCACUACCAAUGUCAUGAACCUGCACUUCCAAAACCAAUUAUUCAACAUUCAUGCCAUUAUAAACUAGGGCACAGCUCCAAUAAUAACCUUACAUGAGUUGCGAUUCAAUUUCCCAUGCUGCAUUAGUUUAUCGUUGAGCAAACUCAUUCCCACCUUCCACAAUGACCUUGAUGUUUGUAAUUAUUCUGGUAGGCUAUUGAAAAUGGUCCUCCAGUGUUUCCUGCCACACUUAGAAACAUGCGUUCCGAGUAUUUGGCUGCUAUACAUUUCUGCACGAUGAGCCACUUCGUUGAGCUAUCAUUCGUCACCCGGUUGCUUCUGAAGAAAGAGCUAUUAUACGAUUCAGUGGGGCUUACUUGGUAAAACUUUUUUUAUGUUUAUCGUUUUUAAAAGGAAAUGACAUAGGUCAGUUCUUUUUCUCAAAACGAGUUGCUGUCAUUUUUGCCAUGGCAGGUUGCUCUGUCUACAGGUCCACAUCUGGAACCCGCAUCAUUGCAAACUGUGGUUAAGUCUCAUGAGCAUGAUAAUAUUUGGUGUGUAAUUCACUGUACACGCUUAUCAGCUGAUCUAUUUUAUUGCACAAAGUUAAUAUUUGUAAAUACACAAAUAAUUUUCUUUUUUCAUGUCUUGGUGAAUUGUGAAGAACCAAAAAGAUGGUCCAGGAUCUGCUUAUUACCAGGAAAAACGAUUUGGUCCAUUUCUGUCCAUGGGUCUCUUGGCACCCUCGGCACCCAUGCAAAUAUUCCAUCUCAAGGGAAUAUGGAGGUGAUUUUUUGUUUAUCAAACGAAUAAAUAUUCACCAAAUGACAAAAGUGCCAGUGCAAAAAAAUUGAAGUGGUCGACCUUUUGACCCAUGGACCAAAAUGUGGUUUUAGGGAUGAUACAGAUCUUUAAAGUUUACUAUAAUGAUGCAGAGUUCUAUUUAUUUACCUCAAGUAUGUUUUAUUUAAUUUCAACUGUUAUCAUUUGUACUAAUAUAAAUGUGUUUACAUCUUGCAUAUGAAGCUAGUUUUUUGUACCUAAUUAAUGUCAUGUUACUCUUGUAUAUUUCUGUUCUAAAACUCAUAUUUAUGUAAACUAUUGUUCCUCAGGUCUUGUUGGCAAGUGAUUAAAUUCACCUACAUUAACCUAGCAUUCCAUUUCAAAAGGCGUGUUGUUUCAAUCUAUGUAUGUUGAACUUCUAUCGCACC